AUGGGAUUAGACGCAGAUUUUAUGUUUUAUUUAUGCAACUUUGAUACCCAAAUAAGUGAAACAGAUUCAAAUAUCAUAAAGAAGCUUUGGUCGGGUCAAUGGAAAAUAGAAGAAAUAUAUUUAUGUAAGGAAUUCCUAACCGGUGAUUUGGAAAAUGAUACUCUAGAUAAGAAAUUAAAAAAUCAUUCCAAUGAUAGUAAUACCUUAGAAAAAGUUCUGCAAACUGGUAUUAAUUUAUUUUUAACAUUUUGUGAGAAAAAUUGGAAUCCACAUCCUAAUGAGUUGGUAUUGGAACAGUUUCUAGGUAUUGAAUGGCCCAAGUCCUUAGAUGUAUUAACUAAAUUACAACGUGACUCAGAGCCUUUAUAUACUAACAUAUUAUAUCCAGAGUUAUUAUAUUUUGCAUCACAGUUAUUCUCUGCACUCUAUGCUGUUGAUCAAAAUUUGAUACAUCUAUGGUGGUGUUUUCGAUGUAAAGUCACUCAUCAAAGAGCUCUUGAAGACACAAGUGCUACAUUAUAUAAUGAAUUAGAACUGUUAAUUGCAAAAUUAUUCAAUGAAUCCCAAGCAUUAGAAAACAUAAGACUUAAAAUAUUAUUAUAUUUAGAAAUAGCUCAAGCCUAUUUGAUAUAUGGGAGAAUACAGAAAGUGGACCAAUAUUUAUUAAAAGCUAGAGAAUUAGCUGGAUUGAAGUUAGAGUUAACAGGUAUACUUGGUAAACGCACAAAGUUUCAGCAGAAUGCAUUACCCCAACUGGCAUUAUCUAGUCGGUUGGAUGAUAACUUAGAAAGGCCAUCAGCUGAAGACAGCCAUGGAAACUCAGACCUUCCUGCAGAGGUGGAACUCCAAGAUGAUGUGAGACUUAACAAGAUUGCAUUUAAUGAAAAGAUUGAUCAAGCUGAAUUACCAAGCUUAGAACAGACAUUAUGUUUAUUAACAGUUCAAUAUAUACAGAAAUCUCAACCUAAAGAUGAUCUAAUGUUAGAGGAACUGCAACCAUACAUAGAAGCCAUAUUGUCCCAAAGUAAAGGUCCAUGGGCCACUCGGGUGGCUUCAUUGCUUAUCAGAUGUAAACUGGAGGCAAAUCAUAAGAGAACUGUGGAGCGGGCAAUGUUGCAAUGUGAAACUAUUGUGAAUGACAAAACUGGUGUUGCUAGUACUAGCAGACUUUCUUAUCUGUGGGCGACGGGACUUCCCCCGGCUUGGACUUGGCGACAACAGUUGGCUGAUUUAUACCUGAGCUUAGGCUUAGUUAAGGCUGCUUUAGAGGAGUAUCUUAAAUUGCAACUAUGGGAAGAUGUUAUCGUUUGCUACACUAUGUUGCAAUUGAGACACAAGGCUGCCGAAGUAAUCCAGCAACAGAUUGACAUCAAACCAACUGUCAAGUUAUACUGUCUUCUUGGUGACGCUACAGAUGAUAUUAGCUGUUACGAAAAAGCUUGGGAGUUCUCAAAUCAUAAAAGCAGCAGAGCUCAGAGACAUUGGGGUAACUUUUUCUUCGACCACAAAAAGUAUGAAGAAUGUAUCCCUCACUAUGAAAAAUCUGUUGAAAUUAACUCCAUACAAGAGAGUGUUUGGUUGAGAUUAGGUUUCGCAGCUCUAACAACAGAGAAGUGGGAGCUAUCAGCUAAAGCGUACAGAAGGUAUACAUAUUUGCAACCGAACACAUUCGAAGCGUGGAAUAAUUUGGCCAAAGUGUACGUGAAGCAAGGCGACAAGGACCGCGCGUACCGAGCUUUGAUGGAAGCGUUGAGAUUCAACUACGAUAAUUGGAAACUUUGGGAGAAUGUAAUACUGGUGAGUAUAGAUACCGGACACUUCGAGGAUGUCAUUCGCAGUUGCCAUAGGAUUCUCGACUUGCAGCACAAGUAUGAAGACGUGGAACUUCUCUCCCUACUCGUGAAAGCUAUUGUUCAAGACAACAAGGAUGCUGACGGGAACAGUGCUGCCAGGUUACGGAAACGUGCAUUGGAGUUAUUUGGCAGAAUAACAUCCAUCCAUCAAAAUAAACCUGAGUUAUGGCAAUUGUAUUCUGAUUUAAGUCCAACGUAUUUGUUGAAAGGACAACGCUUAUUAAAAGCUUAUAAAGGAUUCACUCAGAGUGGCAAUUGGCCUAAUAACCCAGAAACAUGUAAAAAGGUAAUUCAACUUGCAGAACUAUUACUAGAUUAUAGUUUAAAAGCGAGGCAAGAGGCAGAAGAUAAGGAUCAUCUACAAGCCAAUCAACAACUUUCAUCAGCUCGCUUGACUGGACAGGCAGUGAUAAGAGCUGCAGAAAAACAAGAUUGGCCCGAAACGCAAGAUAUAUUAAACGAGUUAAAAGAUUUGUAUAAAAAUGUUACAGAAUAUAUGAAAUCCAUAAUCCGUGGUGCGUGCCAUGGUCGGCGAGGAGAGGUGCUGGCGCGCUAUGCUAUCCUUCUACGAAUUCGUGAUGUAGCAGCAGAAGGAGGCCGCCGAGCAUGCGGUCGACGUUCAGUCGGACCCGAUUUGCCGCAGGCGCGCGGGGCGCAGACGGCGGCACGACGUCGCCGUUCUGUUACCCCCUUAAUUGAGGACCAUCGGGUGGAUGGACACGGGGGAUCCACCACUCGACACGGGCAUAGUCAAAGGGGGUGGACGAUGUGCUGU